UUUCAUACUUGUUUUCUUUCUUUAUUCCUUUUUUCCUAACCCUAAUUAAAGUAAGGCAAGUAGAGAAAUUCUCUUUUUACCUUUUUCUUUUUAUUAUCCAUUAACCUAAGUCCUUGCAUUUCUUAAGCACUUGUUUUUUCCUUAAACUAAAAUUUAACUCACAUUCAUAAAGAUGGGUAGAAUCCCUUGCUGUGAGAAGGAUAAUGUGAAGAGGGGACAGUGGACACCUGAAGAAGACAACAAACUCUCGUCUUACAUUGCGCAACACGGCACCCGAAAUUGGCGGCUUAUUCCGAAGAAUGCUGGUCUCCAACGAUGCGGAAAGAGUUGUAGGCUUCGGUGGACGAAUUAUCUUCGCCCUGAUCUCAAGCACGGACAAUUCAACGAUGGAGAAGAACAAACCAUCGUCAAGCUUCACUCAGUCGUUGGAAACCGGUGGUCGUUGAUUGCAGCGCAGCUUCCAGGUCGGACCGACAACGACGUUAAGAAUCAUUGGAAUACUAAACUGAAAAAGAAGCUUUCUGGUAUGGGUAUUGAUCCCGUCACGCAUAAACCAUUCUCGCAUCUCAUGGCUGAAAUCGCCACCACAUUGGCACCGCCACAGGUGGCUCACCUAGCUGAGGCAGCCCUAGGUUGCUUUAAAGAUGAAAUGUUGCACCUUCUAACUAAAAAGCGAAUCGACUUCCAAUUGCAACAGCCGAACUCUAAUGCAGGACACGGGGGACACGGGAAUGCAGUAUCACCUUACAUUGUCGGCAAACAUGAUGAGAAUGAUGAUACAAUUGAGAAAAUCAAGCUCGGUUUAUCAAGAGCUAUGCAAGAACCUGGUUUGCUACCUCCAAACAAGAACUGGGAUUCUACCGGAGCAACAUCUGCAAAUUUUGCAGGAGAAUGCAGCGGCUUCCCUCAAUCAAUCACUGGAUUUCAGUGCGGACCAUCUUCAUUCGGCAAUGAUGGGGAUGUAUCACCAUGGAGUCAGAGUAUGUGCACUGGAAGCACGUGCACAGCCGGAGAUCAGCAAGGCCGAUUGCAUGAUAAAAUGGAAGAUGACAACGGAGAUGAAUCUGAAGGCGGAAAAGAGAUUCGGAACAACUCUGGCAUAUUUAAUACAGACUGUGUACUAUGGGAUUUACCAUCUGACGAUUUAAUGGAUCCCAUGGUUUAAGGAGAUAUACAUGACAAGAAGGAAAAAAACAAGGCACCCUACCGGCUGAAAUAAAAUAAACUUCUUAAGGCAAUGAUAAAUGAAGCUCAUGUAAAUAAAACUUCAUUUCUAAAAUUUAUGCAAUAUUUAUCAAGAAUUAAUUACACUA